AUGCCCACAAAUGGGACGAACACGGCCUUGAAGCUCCAGUUCGGGCUCAUCAACCACGAGAACCGCUAUCUGACGGCCGAGGCCUUCGGCUUUAAGGUGAACGCCUCGGCGCCCAGCAUGAAGAAGAAACAGAUCUGGAUGCUGGAGCAGGACGAGCAGGACAGCCAGGUUAUGUACUUGCGAAGCCACCUGGGAAGGUACCUGGCUUCUGACAAGGACGGCAAGGUGAGCUGUGGGGCGGAGAAGCCCGAGACAGACUGCCGCUUCCUGAUCGUGGCGCAGUCGGACGGCCGCUGGGCGCUGCAGUCGGAGCCCUACCUGCGCUACUUCGGCGGCUCGGAGGACUACCUGUCCUGUUUUAGCCAGGCUAUUGGCGAGUCGGAGCUGUGGGCCGUACACCUGGCCCUGCACCCGCAGGCCAACCUGCUGAGCGUCAGCCGCAAGCGCUACGCCCACCUGUCGCGAGCCGAGGGUGAAAUUUCGGUCGACAGCAACAUCCCCUGGGGCGUGGACUCCCUCCUCACCCUCGCGUACCUGGACGGCAGAUACUGCCUGAAGACCUCUGACAAUCGCUUCCUCAACCAUGACGGCAAACUGGUGAUGGAGAGCAGCCGUGGCACGGGCUACACGCUGGAGCUCAAAGCUGGCAAACUGGCUUUCAAGGACUGCGAGGGGAAAUACCUCACCCCCAUGGGCCCGACCGGUACCCUGCGUUCUGGACGCUGCUCCAAACCUGGCAAGGAUGAGCUCUUUGAACUGGAGGAGAGCCACCCGCAGGUGGUAUUCCAGGCAGCCAACAACAGAUUUGUAUCCAUCCGGCAAGGGGUGAGUGUCUCAGCCAAUCAGGAUGAUGAGACAGACAUGGAGACCUUCCAGAUGGAGAUUGACAAAGAGACCAGGAAGUGCAUGUUCCGGACCAAAGGGGGGAAUUACUGGACACUGGUCUCUCAUGGUGGUAUCCAGUCUACAGCUACAGAAGUGGCAGCCAACACCAUGUUCGAGAUAGAGUGGCUUGGCCGCAGGGUGGCCCUCCGUGCCAGCAACGGGAAGUACGUCUGCACAAAGAAAAACGGGCAGUUGGCAGCUGUCAGCGAGACCGAGGGAGAGAAUGAGCAAUUCCUGUUGAAGCUCAUCAACAGGCCUAUCUUGAUCCUACGCGGCGAGAACGGCUUUGUGUGCCACCACAGGAACUCCAAUACACUGGAUGCCAACCGCUCCAUCUAUGACAUCUUCACACUGCACUUCAGCGAUGGUGCUUACCACAUUAAAGGUGCCAACGGAAGGUUCUGGUACGUUUCAAGCAGCGGUCUGGUGUGUUCUGACGGGGACACGCCCGAGGAUUUCUUCGUGGAGUUCCUGGAGCACGGGCACGUGGGCAUCAAAGGCAAGAAUGGGAAGUACCUGCGUGGAGACCAGGGUGGCACCCUGAAAGGUGACGGUGACACUGUGGACCUUUCCACGCUCUGGGAGUACUGACCCAUAGUGGACACUGCAGGAAGUGUUGGCCCCUGGCUCAGGGAAUGGAAAGACAUGGUGGGAUGGCGUUGCC